AUGCCAACUGCUACACCUUUGGCGUCGGACGCUACGGAUCAUGGCUAUAUUCUUCAGAAUGUAGCCAUCGCUUUUAUUGUGCUAGAUGUCGCUUUCGUGGGCCUACGGAUCUACACGCGAGCAAUGAAAGGCACGAGAGCUCAGCUGAAUGACUAUCUGGUUCUUCUUGGUCUGUUAUUCAAUAUUGGACUAGCAAUAGAAGCAAUUUUACUGUAUAGAAUGGCAAACAUUGGGCACCAUCUCGCAUGGGUGAAGAAACAUGAGCCGCUCAGUUUGAUAACAUAUGCAAAGAUCCAAGUCUCCUUCGAGUUCACCUACGUACUAGGAUUUACUUUUCCAAAACUGGCAAUCCUCUGCCUAUAUCUCAAUAUAUUCGUUGAACCCUCACAUCGAAGGACAUGUUUCGUCUUUAUUGGACUAGUAUGCGCCACAGGAAUAUCUAUAAUUGUUGCAUGUGCGGUGCAAUGUAUUCCGCUGGCAUAUUUAUGGGACAAGAAGGGCCAUCCAGGUGGACACUGUAUAGCUGCAAACUCGCUCUGGCAAUGGUCAACUUUACCUAACAUCAUUGUCGAUGUUGGCAUGUUCGUCUUGCCCUUCCCUGCCCUAUCUAAACUCCAUCUACCGACGAAAGACAAAAUUGGUUUAGGGGUCACCUUUGCAACGGGUAGUAUGUAA